UAUUAGUGAAGACAGCUUUAGUGUUGCCAGAGUGUUUGGGAGAGCUUUUUCUUUUUAGUCCGGCCUGCUUGUACUGCCCUGACAAUGGUAUCUCGGGGUCCUUUUUAUCAGCGCCCACUACCCGCAAUCCUUCUGAGAUUUCUCUGCCUUCUUCCAACAGGACUGCCGGUUAGAAGCGUGGACUUCUCCAGGGGGACGGACAACAUCACCAUCAGGCAGGGAAAUACGGCUAUCCUCAGGUGCUAUGUUGAUGAUAGGAUCUCAAAGGUUGCCUGGCUGAACCGAUCCAAUAUUAUUUUUGCUGGAAAUGACAAAUGGUCCUUGGACCCUCGAGUUACUCUGUUGACCAGUGCACACUUAGAGUAUAGCCUUCAGAUUCAGCAAGUGGAUGUAACUGAUGAAGGUCCUUACACAUGCUCAGUGCAGACCCAGCACCAACCGAAGACCUAUCAAGUGCAUCUGAUUGUGCAAGUUCCACCAAAGAUCUACAACAUCUCUUCUAAUAUCACCGUCAAUGAAGGCAGCAAUGUCACUCUUGUGUGCUUAGCUAAUGGAAGACCAGAGCCUGUCAUAAAUUGGAGACACAUUUCUCCUUCAGGUAAGAGUAAUGUUUAUCAUUUCUGA